AUGUCAAGUGACGAAGAUGAAAUGCGCCAGCUGCGCGCAACGAGUGGCUAUGCAGCCGCUUCGAAGGACAGGCAGCAGCAGCAGCAGCAGCAGCAGCAGCAGCGCCUCUCAUCCGCAGCGAGAGCAGCAUCUGCAGCACGAACAGCAUCCGCAACAGGAGAUGAGAGCAGCAGCGAAGACGAUGUUUACGGACCACAGCCUUUGCAGCAGCCUCCAAACCACCAGCGUCAACAGCAGCAGCAGCAGCAGCAGCAGCAGCAGCAGCAGGGGCAGUUGGGUGCUGCGGCAGCGGAUGCUGCAACACCUGAGUCAGAAGAGGACGAAUGCGGAGAAGCAGCAGUUGAUGAAGAGGCAGCUGCAGCGCUGGCUGCCAUUGGACUUCCGUCGAGCUUUGGGGGUCCUCUGCAGAGCAGCAGCAAGAGCAGCAGCAAGAGCAGCAGCAAGAGCAGCAGCAAGAGCAGCAGCAGCACGCGCAGCAGCAGCAGCAGCACGCGCAGCAGCGUUGCUGCAGAAAGCAUUGCGAAGAGAGAGAUUCUCGUAUCUCUUCCUGAGAGCAGCAGGGAGGGCAGCACAAGCCGACGCAGCAACGGGAGAUGGAAGGAAAUCAAUCCCUGGCUUUCAUCGUCUCUGAGUUUCGAUCGGCAGCCUGCAGAGCCUGAGAAGGCUACUGAAUCCGAAGCAACAUUCUCCUCUCAUGCUGCAACGGAGCGACUUCCAGUGUAUGGCCGCUUUACUUUAGACUGCCACAGUCCAGGAACUACCACAGCGCUCUCCGUAGCCUUGAAAGGCAACAGGAUGGCAACGGGGGGGAGUGAUGGGUGUUUACGCCUCUGGGAUUUUGGAAAUUCGGCAGUUCUUUCUUCUUUUCGAUAUUACCGGUCCGUCAUGGUCUCAGAAAAGCACCGCAUCGCUUCUGUUUCCUUUGGUAACAGCAGCGGUAGCAAGGGCGUCGUCGGUGUCUCAUCUGGCGAUAGCUGUUGCUACAUUUUUUCUGCCGAGGGGGAGCUUUUGCAGCAGACAACAAAAGGCGAUCAGUACGUGCGAGACCUCAACAACACCAAGGGGCACACUCACGCCGUCCGAGAUGUGCAGUUUCAUCCAACGGAACCAAACCUUUUCCUCACUGCCUCCCUCGAUGCCACCUGCAGGAUUUGGGAUUUGAAUGGUCCUCUUUACGGCAUUGAUCAGUCGCUGACGCCGCUUUUUUGCCUCAAAGCGAUCGACCGCAGGGGAGCCAACAGCAACGUCUGCACGUGCUGCUGCUGUCUGUACACGCCAACGUCCGCAGACGCGAUCGUCGUUGGAUGCUCCGACGGCUCCGUGCAGCUCUGGGGGAACGCACACAAAAGAAAGACUUUCACAAGGCCUGAUCAAGUGCUUCGAGGUCUGCAUGCGCCACAGCAACAGCAACAGCAACAGCGGAAACGUUUCAUGGGUAUCGAGGAGGCACCCGGAGAAACAGACUGCGGCGUUGCGGCUAUGGCGUUUGCUCCGAAUGACAAGGCACUGUACACCCGAGGGCUAGACGGCAGUCUCUGCCUUUUGGACCUUAGAAAAUUCUCCUCCCCCGUGUUUCGCAUCGCUGGUCUUCCCACAGGCACCUUACAGCAAGGCGUCUGUCUCUCCCCGUGCGGCCGUUUUGCAUGCACCUCGACGCAAACUGCUCAGGAGCAGCAGCAUCUGCAGGACCACCUCCAGCAGAAGCAAGAGCAGAAGCAGGAGCAAGAGCAGGGGGGAGCCAAUGUUAGGCGUCUGCCGCAUAUGCAUUUGCGAGGGAGAUUUCAAGGAGAAAUACGCGCCUUUGAUGCGGCAACGGGGGCACCUGCCUUCACGAUUCCCUUCGAGGAGUCGGCUCCUACGGCGCUCUGUUGGAAUGCAGAGACAAAUCAGCUGUACACAUGCUGCACGGACGGCAACAUCGCUGUGAGCUUUGAUCCGCUGGCGCCGCUGGCUGCCACAACGGGAGCUGCGCGGCUGGUGAUGGCAACCCCGCCUGCAGCGUCUUCGAGGAGGCAGCAAGAGCGGCGAGACCACGAGAUGCAGCAGCUCCUUCAUCAGCAGCUCCAGGAAAACAUCUUUGCUGGGGAUGCGUUGCCUGAAGGCUACGUGGAAACUGCGGAUGGCCGUCUUGUGCGGAAGCGAAUCAAGCCAAAGAUGCGGGAGGAGAUGUUUGAAGAGACACAAAAGACGAAGCUGCCCCCCAUUCCCUCGAAGAGGGGGCUCAACGGGCAGCCGGGAGCCAUUGGCAAUCGAAGUCUCCACAUGCUGCAGCAGCUGAAUUUAGUGCCUUCGCAGCAGCAGCAGCAAGAGCUGCAGCAGCAGCAGCGGCUGGAAAUUCCGGGGGCGACUGCGGCCGAGCGCUUCUUGGAAGGCGUCGACAUGCACAAGAAGCAAACGUGGAGUGGUACAUUCAUUUCCAGAGCAUAUGCCAAGACGGCUCCGAAGCCGAUUGUGUCUUUCGACGAGGCGCAUGAAGUGGACAAGGCGGAUCAAAUGCUGAGCAGCAGCAAGAGAUGCGCUAUGUGCGGCUUGCGGUGCUGUCAGUGUGAAGGCAGGAGUAACAAGGUUCUGCGGCUGCGGGAGUAG